UGCCGCUUAACUCACAUAUAUAGUUAACAACCUUUUUUAUUAAAAGAAGAAUUUCAUACAGAAGUAUUUUUUGAAUUAUCGAUUAUAUUUGUUUUAUUCUUUGCUCAAAAUAUCUUAAUUCAGAUAAUGUAUAUAUUUCGGACACCGUCGAAGAUUUUCGGAUGCCAAAAUUAAGAAGGCUUUUGUUAAGUGCACAUGAAAUCCCCUGCCAGAAUAAGAAUCUGAAUAAAGGAAAUACCGUGUGAUAUGCCAUGAAACUAUAUUAACAAAAUUGAUACAUAUUUGUGAAAGGCUAGAUAAAAGUAGAUUGAGAAUGAGAGCUACAUGUAGACCUACUACAAGUACGUGCUGUAUACUGAUUGAUCAGACCGCGGACAUCGUGGUUUAUAUGUCCGUUCUCAGACUGAAAAUGAAUAAUAUGAAUUGAAGUUUGUCUUUAAAUGUUUUAGGGAUGUUUUGUGACGGCUUUCCUGUUGAAAUGUUGCAGACAAUAUGACACUCACGGGGGUGAAGCCGGAAUACUAAAUGAACUAUGUCUGCGUUCCCUGCUGAAUCGUAUAGGCUGUUUCCGUGGACAGUGUACCCUAAGCCUGGAUUUUUCAGGGCGCGAUAUGUAGACCUCCAUCCAAGAUUCAGAAGGAUUAUUGAUUCACUGCCGGAAAGUGUUAAAAACCAAGAGCUUCUUAAUAAACUGGAUGGAGUAAAUGAACAACUAAAAGAAUCUAUUCGGAUAGAUGUUAUAAGCGACGCUGAUUUAACACAUAAACAGUACAUUCUAGAUGAGACAGUAUUACAAGAUAAGGCUGACAUCCUAGUGCCAUCGUCGCUUGAAAUAUGCGUUUGCUACAUACAUUGUGCAAAAUUAGAUGAUGCUUUUGCAAUGCAUACUGACGAAGUGUUGCGGAGCCUCAUAAACGUGACAGGCAGGAAGUCAGCAGACACUGCGUUUCUUGCGUUCGAUUUCAACUGCCCAGUUUCCGCUGAAGAUAUUGAUCGAGUGACGAGCUAUGUUUUUCAAAAGCUCGGGUUGCACGCGGAAAGUGAUAGAGGGAAGUUGAAGUUCGUCUUCGUUGAAAAUGAAGAAUCAUUACCUUUAGCGAUAUCAGAGUACUUAGAAAGUGAACUCGUUCAAGUUUUUCAUGACAUGUACUCAUUUGUACUGUCGCUCAUUCCAAAAGAAGGACAUAAGAGAUGUGUAACUACUUUGGAGGACUACACUCGAAGAAAGGGGGUGCGCUCAGCCAUUCUUGCUUUUAUGAGUGAUGCACAUAUGCAAGUUGGGUAUGACGAGGGAUUUAAAGACGAACAGAUUUUAACGAAACUAGGAUGCCUUUUCAGAUGCAUUAUAUUAACACCAUACCUGCAAAAUAAGUAUGGCAUCCCUUCGUGGAUUUGUUCUUCCGUGUUAGGUUCAAUACACUUUGAGGAUAGCUUCCAGUCUAGCGUAACUGAAGACACUUGUAGAUUCAUCAAGAAGUUUAUUGAAAAUAAACAAAUGGCAAUCACGGAUUUUAUACUCGUUUUUGGAACCCAAACAAAAUACAGACGUAUUAGCUUGGUAAGUUCCAUGUUGCUUACAGAUUUAGAAGGUUUGCUGAAAGAGACUGAACAGAAAAUGGGAUCAGUUGCCAGAGUUGUGCGUAUUGCGAAGGAACUAGCGUUCGAAAUUGAAGGGUUUCUGGAACAAGCAAUCGGGAACGACUUUAGGCCUCAUGCAGAACCGCCUAUAGUAUUCUUCGAAAUGCGAAUGGAGAUUCUCAGGUUGAACUAUGUGUAUUCAGUUGGCACAGUGUAUAACGACUUCGUUAUAUACCUUAACGGACAAGGCUUUGAACCUACGACAACGGAAGAAUUGGAAGAGGACCGGUUUUCAACAUUGAAAAUGUCCGCAGAAUACGACAUUAAAGCUGUGAUGAAGAAACAUUGCACCUUCUUUCCGUACAAGAUUCAAGUUUUUUCGAUGCCUAUCUCGGAAAGAUUUGCCAUGAAAGGAGAUAGCGGGUGUGCAAUGAGCGUGACCAAACUUGACGACCACAGUGCAAGACAACCCAGGAAGCUCCUUGUGCCUAUUUUAUAUAGCGGGGAAAAUGCAGAUGUUGCGGAGACUUUUGAUAACAUUGAAGAAGCAGAACCGCAGGUACCUGAAAACACCGUGGCCUCCCGAUUAAAUGUGGCGUUGAAUGCUCUUCGGGAAAAGAACCGACAAGAGGAAAUAGUGUUACGAGUGCAUGACUACGUGUGGUUUGCCUACGAAGAAGAAGAAAUAGUAUUACACGUACGAGUGCAUGACAACGUGUGGUUCGCCUACGAAGAAGAGGAAAUAGUAUUACGAGUGCAUGACAACGUGUGGUUCGCCUACGAAGAAGAGGAAAUAGUGUUACGAGUGCAUAUCAACGUGUGGUUCGCCUACGAAGAAGAGGAAAUAGUGUUAAGAGUGCAUAUCAACGUGUGGUUCGCCUACGAAGAAGAGGAAAUAGUGUUAAGAGUGCAUGACAACGUGUGGUUCGCCUACGAAGAAGAGGAAAUAGUGUUACGAGUGCAUGACAACGGUACAAAAGAUUUACUGCCGGCAGUUGUUAAAAACCAAGAGCUUCUUAAUAGACUGGAUGCAGUAAAUGAACAACUAGGAGAAUCUCUUGGGAUUAAUGUUAUAAGCGACGCUGAUUUAUCAGUUAAACAGUACAUUCUAGAUGAGACAGUUUUACAAGAUACGGCUAGCAUCCUAGUGCCAUCGUCGCUUGAAAUAUGCGUUUGCUACAUACAUUGUGCAAAAUUAGAUGAUGUUUUUGCAAAGCAUACUGACGAAGUGUUGCGGAGCCUCAUAAACGUGACAGACAGGACGUCAGCAGACACUGCGUUUCUUGCUUUCGAUUUCAACAGCCCAGUUUCCGCUGAAGAUAACGAUAGAGUUACUAGUUAUGUUCUCCAAAACCUCGGGGUGCACGCGGAAGGUCAUCGGAGACCGAAUUUGAAUAUUGUUUUCGUUGAAAAUGAAGUUUCAUUACCUUCAGCGAUAUCAGAGUACUUAGAAAGUGCACUUGUUCAAGUUUUUCAUGACAUGUACACCUUUGUACUGUCGCUCAUUCCAAAAGAAAGACAUAAGAGAUGUGUAACUACUUUGGUUGGCUACACACGAAGAAAGGGGGUGCACUCUGCCAUUCUUGCUUUUAUGAGUGAUGUACAUAUGCAGUUUGGGGAUGUCGAAGGAUUUACAGACGAACAUAUAAAACGGAUUUUAACGAAGCUGGGGCGCCUGUUCAGAUGCAGCAUAUUUACACCGUACCUGCAAAAUAAGUACGGCAUCCCGUCGUGGAUUUGUUCAUCCGUGUUAGAUUCAAUACAGUUUGAGGAUCACUUCCAGUCUAACGUUACGGAUGAAACCAGUCGAUUCAUCAUCAAGUCUAUUGAAAAUGUGCGAAAGGAAAUCAAGGGACCAAAUGAUUUUGUUCUCCUGUUUGGAAACCAAACGAAAGAAAAACGUUUUAGCUGGGUUAGUCCCAAAUUGCUGACUGAUUUGCACGAUUUGCUACAAUUUGCCGAAAGGAAGAUUGCAUCAGUUACCCGAGUUGUUGGUAUUGUAAAGAAACUAGCGUUCGAAAUAGAAGGGUAUCUAGAACAAGCAAUCGGGAACGACUUCAAGCCUUAUGCAGAACCGCCUUUUGUACCAGGCGAAAUACGAAAGGAGCUUCUAAAGUUGAACUAUGUGUAUUCAGUUGGCACAGUGUAUAACGACUUCGUUAUAUACCUUAAAGGAGACGGACGUGAACCUAUGGAAACGGAAGAAUUGCAAGAAGACCGGUUUUCAACAUUGAAAAGGGCCGCACAAUACGACAUUAAAGCAUUGAUGAAGACCCAUUGCACCUUCUUACCUUACAAGCUGCAGGUUGUUUCGAGGCCUAUCCAGACAUUUGCUGAUAAUCACUUCUUUCCUGGUUCGAAAAUUUCAAAAAUAGGCAGUAACGGUUGGGGAACACUUGGUGGAUUUUUCCGGAAUAAACAUGGAUCAUUUGCGAUCACCUGCGACCAUGUGCUUGAGUGUGGGGAUGAGGCGGAGGUCGGGAUUUUCGAAGGGACAUCAAAUCCCGUGGUGAUCGGGUGGACCUCGCGAGAUAUGAGUGUGCGCGCGGGAGAAAAUAUUAAUUUCAGUUUGGUGGAUAUUGCAGCAAUAAAAAUGAAAGAAUGUGAUAGAUGCACUUUGGAGUUUCUGGAUGCAGAUUGCAAGCUUAGAGUGGCGGAGCGUUUUGAAGGAACAUCGUCAGAUUUACGCAGACGUACCGCUUUUAAACACGGUGCAAAAUCUUCUCUUACGACUGGUAUUAUCGUGUCCGGUGAUUUUGAAAUGAGUUUGGCAGACUGCACGAGUAAUUAUGUUGUUCUUAUAGAAGACAAACCUGGUUCAGCGGAAAGAUUUGCCAUGAAAGGCGAUAGCGGGUCUGUCAUAAGCGUGAUCGGACUUGACGACCACAGUGCAAGACAACCCAGGAUGAUCCUUGUGUCUAUUUUAUUUGGCGGGGAAAUGCAGAUGUUUGCGGAGACGUUUGAUGACAUUGAAGAAGCUGAACCGUUUGAGCCCGAAAACACCGUGUCCUUCCGACUAAAUGUGGCGUUGAAUGCUCUUCGGGCAAAGAACCAACGUUUGCAAUUUCCAGAAAAUUGAGUGUUUCUCCAAAUUUCUUCCGAACUAAACUUAAGAAAGAGACGUUUUUAUCUUAAACUAUAACGGUUUAUGUACGUUUUUCAUCAUGUUCCUGGAAUUUGGAGUGAGAUGUUUCUUUACGUCGUGAAAGUUUAUUUCUUUGAUAUGUUUUUUUUUUACCUGCAACUAAAAUUGCAAGAAGGAACGACCAGAUAAAUUAUUUGGCAGCGAUUACUUUAUUAAAUUGCUUGAUUGUAUAUUCAAUGAUUAUGUUUUACAUUUGCUUCCAAUACAAUGUUUGCUUUGUGCAUUUUCUUUAAUUAUUUAAAAAGUGAAUAAGUCCUGGAGAAGAUCCUCUGAUUUCUGAUGGGCUGUAAAACACUUUAAAAUCUAUUACACGCAUAGGUCCUGCCCCAAUACAGAUAACCACAGUGCGCCCAUAAAUAAUGAGUUCAUCUAUAGAAUAUGCACGUUUCCCUAAAUUUAUCUUUUUAAGGAAAUAUUGGCCCACCCAAAAUAAUGUUAUCAGGAAAUGGGGAUGCAUCCUAAUCUAAAUUAUUAAAGAAAUCGGCUCUUUCAUAUAUAAUUAAUCGACAGCCAUUUUUUUUAUCUAGCCAAUGAAAUGUUAUCAUUUUUUUCUGCUGACAAAUAUAUGAAGCGCUGUCGAAUACUGAGGACCACCUAUACUUACGGAGUACCACUUAUACUAACACUUGUUCAUUUGAUGUUCGAUAAUUAUUACAACUUUUAACAAUAAACCUAGA